UGUGAUUUAAUUCAGAACUGUGUGCACGUGUAUGUGAAAUUUUAAAUUGCAGUAUAUUUGUCAUAAAUGAAUGAAAGUCGUAGAUAUAUUUAUAUCUACGAUAAAAAUAUACGUAUAAUAUAUGAAUGAUUUUUCAAUAUUCUGCCAAUUUAUCGAAAUACACAGUUUAAUCUAAUCUAACCUUACAGCUAACCUGUCAGCUGAUUUUGCAACCCAUGAAAAAGAAAUGUAUAGUGCAAAAUGGAAGUAGAACGUGACGAAGUCGCAGUGAAAUCAUGCUCAUCAUUGAUAACGACGCAGUGUGAAACUUUAAACAAAAAUGAUGUAGUCCAAGAUGAUACAGAAAGCAGAACUGAAGGAGAUAAUCAAAUACAAUCAGAAACCGUAGAAACUGAAGAUUCCUGUAAUUUAAUGAAUAGUCAAACUUGCUUACAAUCUAGCGAACAAAAAAAUCCAAUUGUAAUCUCAGAUGAAAUUUGUUCUGACUCUUCACAAACAACACACGAUACAUUAUUUUCAAAGAGAAUAGCAAAUAUUACAAUAUCAGAACAAAUAGAAAAUUGCAAAGUUGACAUCACAGAAUCAAAAAAUACAAAUUCAGAAGAUAUCGAAUCAGCAGAAUCCACCUGCAUCCAGUAUAAUUGGUCAAUAGCACCGAGGCCAUUAUGUGUAGCUACUAAAGAAUAUCAGCCUACAAAUCUGUAUGAAAAUUUUACAAAAGGUUGCCAAUGGUCCCCGGAUGGAACAUGUUUACUUGUACCAUCAGAAGAUUUUAGGAUACGUAUUUAUGAACUUCCCAAAGAGUUAUACUCUGGCCAAUUUCCAUCUGAUUUUAUACAGACCGACUUUAUGCCUGCUCUAACUGUUAAAGAAGGAGGUCUUAUAUACGAUGCUUGCUGGUAUCCUUUUAUGAACUCGUGGGAUCCCAUAACAUGUUGCUUUCUUAGUGCCAGUAGAGAGAGUCCUGUUCAUUUAUGGGAUGCAUUUACAGGACAACUACGCGCAACAUAUCAGCCUUACAACCAAGUGGAUGAAAUAGAAGCUUCUCUCAGUGUUCAAUUUGUAAAUUCAGGAAGAGAAAUAUGGUGCGGCUUUAAAAAUGCUGUGAGAACUUUUGAUACAGAUCGUCCUGGACGUCAAACAAGUACUAUUCAAUUUAAACACGAUUUUCCAAAUAUGAUCGGGUUAGUCUCAUGUAUUCGUGAAAAUCCAGUCAUGCCAGGCCUAACUGCCUUUGGCACAUAUUCUAAGUGUAUUGGACUGUACAAAGAUGGACCACUUUGUACUUUUAAAACUGGAAGUGGCGUAACACAAAUUGAGUUUAGUUCUUGUGGAAUGAAAUUAUUCUCUGUUGUUCGAAAAAAUGAUGAAUUUUUAUGUUGGGAUCUUCGUAAUCCUGGAGCUAUUCUUUAUUCUUUUGAAGGAAGGCAAGCAGAUACUAAUCAAAGAAUACAGUUUGCUAUCACGCCUGAUAAUAAACAAAUAAUUUCUGGUGGUAUUGAUGGAAAUAUCAUUGUGUGGGAAUUAUCAGAAAUUACAGAUUAUGAAAAUUUGAAUCCAAAAUAUAAAAUAAAGUUGUCCAAAGAUUGUAUAAAUGGAACGAGCUUACAUAGAAGUUUACCAAUCAUGGCAACUAGUUCCGGUCAAAGACAAUGUGAUGAAAAUACACACAGAGACAAUAGUGUAAGAUUAUGGUGGGCUUCUUAAAUAAUA